UCUCUAUUCUCCUUUUUUCUCCCUUCCUUCAUUCAUUGACGUAGUUCAGGGGCCCUAUUCUUGAAAUCGUAUCGCAUACGAAAAUUUUAUAAUAUAUGUCACAUAUACACUAUAGGAUUUUCGUGCGCGUAUGUUUCAGGAAUGGAGCCCCAGGGCGUCAGCUGUUCUCCAGGCGAAAAAUUGGCGGGAAAUCGACGAACGAAACCACGAUACAUUAUGGCACCGUCGAAGUUCCACUGGCAGGACGAAGUAUACGUCCGCAAACAAUUUCGGACAAAGUGACUAAUAUUUUUCAUAUUCGUUCGGCUGUCUCCGCCUUCUCUCCACCAUCGUGAUGACGACGUCGCGUGUCGCCGUUCAGCUCGGCAAAGAGGAGGUGUCCGCAUCUUCUGCAAAAUUGCGUCACUCUCCAAGAAACUUGCCGCAACAUCUGAAGGAGAAGUUGGAACAACCAAGACCUGAAAGAGAACCUGAUAUAAAAACUUUGCCUUCAAUUAUCUUCAACGGUCGUAUUCAAUAUGUGGAUGACUUCUUUAAAUGCGCUCAGAUCUGUGAUGAUCUCAUACAAGCAGUGAAGCACAAUCAGAAAGAAUUUGUGCCAGUAGGUUUUGAUUUAGAGUGGCCUUUCAACUUCCAAACUGGCAGUGGAAAAACAGCGUUGGUGCAGAUCUGUCUGGAAGACAGUGUGUGUUAUCUUUUAUAUAUUUAUUCAUUGAAGAAGCUUCCGGCAGCAUUCGUGGAACUCCUGUGUCACUCAAAAGUUAAACUUGUUGGAGUCAAUGUUAAGAACGACGUGUGGAAACUCGGGAGAGAUUUUAAAGAGUUCCCUGCUCAGAAAGUGGUAGAGAAUAAUUGUCUCGAUUGCGGAACGUACGCCAAUAAAGUAUUAAAGCGAUCUUGCCGUUGGAGUUUGGAAAGAUUGACUGCUUACUUGUUGAGGAAGAAAAUCAGCAAAGAUCCCGAAGUUCGAAUGAGUAAAUGGCAUAUACAACCCCUCAGUAACGCCCAGAAGAAUUACGCUGCCACGGAUGCUUAUGUAUGUGUAAUUUGUCACAAAUAUGCUGUGAUGUUAAGGCUCGGAGUUUUUUCGCCACAACUAUAUUGUUUAUAUGAUGAUGAUCGUAGGCGAGAAAUGACAUGUAAUAAAUUAAUUGCUAUGUACAGCUAUUUUUUAAUUUUCUCUUAAAAAUUUAAUAAUUUCCUGAUCCUGAAACUUGUAAAAUGUGCGAGAAAUUAAGACAAUCCAAUCUGUCACGUACAAAUGUAAAAUAAUUAAUAAUAAAAUAAUUCUUGAAAUAAAUAAUCAGUUUUUAGUCAUGCUCAUGCGAUUGAGGAAUGAACCAUUAUUUUAGGAAUUAUUUUACAUUUCUACGUGAAAAAUCGGAUGUCUCAAUUUUUCGCACAUUUUACAAGUUUCAGGAUCAUAAAAUUAUUAUGUUUUUAAGAGAAAAUUAAAAACUAAAACUGUAGCAAUUAAUUUAUUGAAUAUUAUUUCUCACUUAUGAUGUUAUAAAAUCGAUAUAGAUAUCGAGAGAAUUGAGUCUUAUCCUAAUAAAAUCAUGAAAUAUCAA